AUGUUGAUGAUGCACUGCGGAAUCUUCACCGUAUCUUUCAGGAAAAGAACGCAUCUCCGUGAUUUGGGGGCAGUGUUGGAGUCUUGCGAUGCAUGGCGGAGCGUGAAUGGCGGUGACAAAGCGCAUGCGAUGUACUUUGGCAAUUACUUUGAUGCCACGAAAGUGAGCCGGUUAGCAGCCUACCGCAAGACAGUCGACUACAAUCAGGGUCAUCGUGACGAUAUCCUUGGAUGCGCGUGGGACCAUGUCGAGCCAGUCCACAACUUCCAUGCUGAAGACUGGUACCGCGCAUACACGCUCCUUCGAUGGUUUUGGCGCAAGCAGAUAGGGGCGCGAAGGGCCAACCAACACGAGGGGACAUCGAAGGCCCAAAUCAAUCCAGCAAAGGCAGUCGAGUUCUACGAUCCGAAAGACUUGCACGAAGGGACAGACGGAUAUCCCUUGGCAAAAAGAUUCUGUCUCAUCUUAUGA